GCUCCUCCCAUCACAUCCUGCCACAUCGUGGAAGCUGAGAGAGCUGAAAGGGGCACACAGCUGCUGUGAAGGAGCAGAAUUUCUGCGCUGGAGACAAAGCAUGCAGUGCCGUUUGGCGGAGAUGAGAUAAACACUACACGUGGCUGUCUGCCUGGGGUGUUGGGGCUGUUUCUUUGUUCCAGUUGAUGCUGGGGGCUGCUGGAGUAUUACUCUAACACAUCAUCAAAAUGAGUGAAAAGGAAGCUCAAGGAGAUGUCGGUGAUUCAACAGAAAAUGCAGAAUAUGAGGAUGAUUUUGAAAAAGACCUAACUGAUGAAGAAGAAAAACAAAACCCUGGUGAAAAAGAGAAUCCUGAAGAAAAGGAAGAGGAUGUUGAAGCAAAAACUCGUAAAACAUCAGACAGCUUUCAGGAAGACAGUGAAGAAAUGAAAGAAAAUCUAGAUCAGCUUUCAGAGGAAGAUGUAAAUGUGAAAGUAUUAUACUCUAAUGAAAAGUAUUUGCAAUCUGGGGCAGAUAGUGAACAGGAUGACCAUGAAUCUGAUGCUGAGAGAGAAAGCUCUAUCCAGGAAUCCAAGCUGGAAAAUGAGCAGGAACUGGAUGAGGGAGAGGAUGAAGAAAUAAAGCGUUACGUCUUGGAAAAGAUUGAAGAAGCCAACAAAGAGCUGGAAAAUCAGGCUCCUGUGCAUGGAAAAAGAGAACGGAAGUUAAAAUUUGUGGAUGAGGUGGAUCUUCAUCCAAAUGGUGCUGAAGUUGGUAACACUGACCUUGUAAGAGGAGACGUUUCAGAUGGGCUGUCUCAGCUGAAUAUUUCUGACAGGGGACAGAAACACACAUCACUUUCAGAACGUGCUGGCUCAGGUGAGGAGAAGACAAAUGGUAAAGUUCUAAUCGAAAUAGAUAGAAAGUUUGAACUCUUAAGUUUAUGUGAUAUUGAAAGCCAGGGCAUUUUGGCCCCAAUAAGUGUUUAUUUUACAGAUAUUGAAACCCAACAGACUUCAGAACCCACUGACACUCAAGGGAAAGAAAUGCCUCCAUCUGACUCUAACCAGCAGCCAGAUUCUGCUUUGAAUGGUGCAAAAAGUCUGGGAAAACAGAAGACUGAGUCUGCAAACAUACCUGCGAAAAGCUCCACUUACACUCUUACUCCCAGACAAAAAGAAUUAAGGAAGCAGAUAGAACUGAAGAAAGAAACACUGAAGAGACGGGAAGAAGAAAAGAACAAGGAACUAGAAGAAAUGAGGAAAAGACAGAACGAAAUAGUUUUUAAAGCAUGGUUACAAAAGAAGAAAGAACAGGUUCAACAAGAAAAGCGAAUUCGUCGUGCAAAGCGGCUGGAAGAGCUGAGGCUCAAAGAGGUACACAGGGAUCCAGAAGAAGCCUACAGUUUAUGGCUUAAAAAAAAGCACCAGCAAUAUGUGAGAGAAAGACGGAUAGAAGUCUUGAGACGCCAAACUGAAGAAGUGGCCUUUUAUCCAAGCCCAGAGGAUUGUGACAGAGCUUUUAGAGAAUGGCUGAGAAGGAAGAGAGAAGAGAAAGAAGCAGCAGAACUAGCUGCUAAAGAGAGAGCCAGGCAGCUUAGAUUAGAAGCCAGAAGAGCAAAACAAAUGCGGAACAUCCACUAUAUUUAAUUCAGAGCCCAAAUUCUUUUGUUUCUCAGAUCAUUACAGUUGAAAAUUUGAUGUAGCCACAGAGUUCUUGGUGACAGUCUUCUUAAUUUUUAUGGCUUGAGUUUUUGUCCUUUACAGCUACUGACUUUUUGUUGUGUUUUUAAAGCUUUCAAGCAAGUUUUAACAAUUACCUUCAGUGACAAUGAUUUUAUUAUCUAUUUAUUUGUAAUUUAGUCAAAAAGCCUGCUUUAAUGCAUAACUCAGGGAUCUUCUUGGUUUAACCAAAUCAAAAUCAGUGCAAGAUGUAUAAAUGAGGGUGGCAAAUACACAUUCCCUUCUUUAAAAGGCACUUUAUACUCAUUAUGGAUUCCUGGAUGCAGGCUACUGUGUAAAAUGUUAAAUUUUUGGUGGAUUAAUAUUGCUGUUUGAUACUGCUAGUGAUUGACUGUGCAAGGUGUUAUAUUGUUGGAAAAUGAUGUUUCUUGUACCACUUCCUAUUGAUCCAUUGACCAACUCUAGACCAGAGGACUGUGUUCUUUUAGGUUUCUGGAAAGCGGUGAUUGAAGACUAAUGUGUAGGUGAUCAUGCAACAGGUUUUGAAACUUACUUCUGUGAGUCAUAUUCAGUAGCUCUCUAUUCCAUGGAAUUAAAAGCUUGUUCCAAUUAUGACCUUUUUCCAGUAGUAAGGAAGCUAGGAUCCUUAUAUAAAUGUUAAUGUUUAUUAUAAUAAAUCUACCAAAGUACAUGGCUUUACCCA